CGUAACUCGGGCUGUAGCGCGAAGGGGGAAUGUCGGCUCGUGAAUGAUCGGUGGUUGAGGCGGCAGGAAAGCGUUAACGUUAUGGCUCAACAAAAGAACCUGGAUGGAUAUGUUGGCUUUGCAAGCCUUCCCAACCAAGUGUACAGGAAGUCUGUCAAGAGAGGCUUCGAGUUCACCCUGAUGGUCGUGGGUGAGUCGGGACUGGGCAAGUCGACUUUGAUCAAUUCCCUGUUCCUAACAGACCUGUAUUCAGCCGAGUAUCCCGGACCUUCACACAGAAUCAAAAAGACCGUACAGGUGGAGCAGUCUAAAGUGUUGAUAAAGGAGGGUGGUGUCCAGCUGCUGCUCACAAUAGUUGACACCCCGGGGUUUGGAGAUGCUGUCGACAACAGCAACUGCUGGCAGCCGAUCAUCGACCACAUAGACAGCAAGUUUGAGGACUACCUGAACUCAGAAUCACGUGUGAACAGGCGACAGAUGCCCGACAGCCGAAUCCACUGCUGCCUUUAUUUCAUCGCCCCCUCCGGACACGGACUGAAGCCCUUGGACAUCGAGUUCAUGAAACGGUUGCAUGAGAAAGUCAAUGUCAUCCCGAUGAUCGCCAAAGCAGACACUCUCACCCCGGAGGAAUGCCAACAGUUCAAGAAGCAGAUCAUGAGAGAAAUCCAAGAGCACAAAAUCAAGAUAUACGAGUUUCCCGAGACAGAUGACGAAGAAGAAAACAGGCUGGUGAAGAAGAUUAAAGACAAGCUGCCGCUGGCUGUGGUAGGAAGCAACACCAUCAUCGAGGUGAACGGCAAGAGGGUGAGAGGCAGGCAAUACCCCUGGGGGGUCGCAGAAGUGGAAAACGGUGACCAUUGUGACUUCACCAUCCUCAGGGACAUGCUCAUCAGAACUCACAUGCAGGACCUGAAGGACGUGACCAACAACGUCCACUAUGAAAACUACCGGAGCAGGAAGUUGGCCGCUGUCACCUACAACGGAGUGGACAACAACAAAGCUAAAGGACAACUGUCCACCAAACUUGACACAGUUGAAGGAAUGAGUCCUCUGGCCCAGAUGGAGGAGGAGAGGCGGGAGCAUGUGGCCAAAAUGAAGAAGAUGGAGAUGGAAAUGGAGCAGGUGUUUGAGAUGAAAGUCAAGGAGAAGGUGCAGAAGCUGAAAGACUCUGAAGCAGAGCUUCAGAGGCGUCACGAGCAGAUGAAGAAGAACCUGGAGGCUCAGCACAAGGAGCUGGAGGAGAAGAGGCGCGUCUUCGAGGAGGAGAGGGUAAACUGGGAGACCCAACAGAGGCUGGAGCAGCAGAAACUGGAGGCCUCCAGGACUCUGGAGAAAAACAAAAAGAAAGGCAAGAUCUUCUAAAGACACUCUGCAGGACCCCCCCCCCCCCCCCCCCCCCCCCACCUUGAGUUGUUUCUGUUUGCCAACGAUGCCGGUCAGAACACCAGCGUGUGGACCUGACGUCACCAUCCCUUCUCUCCCCCAACCUCCCCCGUGCUCCACCUUCUCCCAGCCACUAGAGGGAGUACGGGGGGGGGGGGCAUUUUUUGCUUUUGUAAGAGGUGGAGGGGGUCUGCGUGUACAGCCAGAACCGCCCGACCCGCCUCAGGACUCCUCGUCACCAUGAUCAUGGAAUGUGUUAACGACAGAAGAAGACAAAAUCACCCCCGCUUCUGUAAGGCCAAACUCCUCUUGUUUUAAUUCUUAUUGACGUUAUUAGUUUUAACAAAAUACUGCCCCCACGUCCACCUCCUGCUCGUUCUUUCAUCCCCACCGUUGCUUUGAAAUGACCGGCGUGUACAGAUUUAUGGAGAGCAAAGUCCCAAACGAAAUGCUCGCGCGUUGUUUUUGACCGUUGUACAAUCAGUUUCUGUUGGAUUUUAUGUUUACAGGAAGAAAAAAACGCAACAGUGUUUGGAAAAUUUGACCCAAACUCGUGCAUUAAUGAACUAAAUCUUCAUGCUUUGAUUCGAGAACCUGAAACCUUCACGCUGUCAGUGCAGCUGCUUAAAAUGUCAACAUAUAAUCUGAGAUAAAACAAUAAAACGCACCUCGGGCCUUUUUAUAAACUUACCAAAAACGGCUUAAGUUUGUUGUUGUUUUCUGAAUUGUAACAACUGUUUAGUUAUUUCUUCUAGCCUUGGACCACCAUUUAUAUUGUCGUAAGUGUUAUACUUCACUUUAGUUUAUUUUUAUAUAUAUAUGCCGAGCCAGCUGAAGUUCUUUUGUAUGUUUAGAUAAAAACCUCACAGACUGACAGCAGCGUCCUCUGUCCAACUUGUGUACAAGUCGUUCUGGAGGCUUUAAAUAAUAAAUAAAACGUACUCUGCCGAAACGGAUCAGUGGGAAAUGAAGAGCUG